AACCACUGCGUCACACUAACCUUACCUGCAUGUCUGCCCCAUCAUCUUCUCGGGCACCUGCCCACUGCCCGUGAAAACCGAAAAGACUUUUCCAUACAGAGACCCUUCACCUUUUUAAUGGCGCGUCCCUGUGGUCGCACGAGAAAUUUUUCUUUCUAAUGGUUGAUUGAGGUGUGUUUUUAGGUUUUCAGAAUGAUUUUGUACGAAAUUUUGGACUGAUUUCAAAAAAUAAAAAUAAAAAUAAAAAAUUUGAGUUCAGUUCGAACCAGAAUUUGGAUUAGUAAUGGCGGACACCUGUUGUGAUAUAGUGAGUGAGAGCGAGGAGUCGCAGCCUCCGAGGCAGAUUUCACGAGCGGCGAGGCGCCGGAGAAUGGCGAUCCGGAGGUAUAAUCUCGUCGGCGGUGCGGCCGUGCCUGAGACUGAGAACGAGCAGAAGCGUCAGAAGCUAGAACUCUUGCCGGAGACGCCUUCAUGGGGGUGCGAGAACGCCGCCACCUUGGAGAACUGCGCAGAACAAAGCAGUUUGAAGAUAGGUAUGGGAAAAUCGGUGAUGAAGGAGAUCUCGAUUAUGAGUCCUCCGAUACUUGUUGAUCCGGAGUUGUAUCCGAAGUUCGGCGUGUCUUCAGUGUGUGGAAAGAGGAGAGACAUGGAAGAUGCGGUGACGGUCCGGCCGUCCUUUUGCCUGAGAGAGCACGGAAGCGUCACACAGUUACACUACUUCGCCGUUUACGACGGUCAUGGAUGCUCUCAUGUGGCGACGAAGUGUAGAGAUCGAUUACACGAACUGGUGAAAGAAGAGAUAGAAAAACGAUCAACGGAGUGGAAGAUCGUGAUGGAGCGAAGCUUCUCUCGCAUGGACAAGGAGGUGAUUGCGUGGAACGACGUCGACUUGUUGCGCGCCAAUUGCCGAUGCGAGCUCCAAACGCCGGACUGUGACGCCGUCGGAUCUACGGCUGUAGUUGCCGUCGUAACACCACACAAGAUCAUCGUUGCAAACUGUGGCGAUUCGAGAGCCGUUCUCAGUCGUAAGGGCAAGGCUGUUCCCCUCUCAAUAGAUCAUAAGCCGGAUCGUCCGGACGAGCUGAGCCGGAUUGAAGCCGCCGGCGGCAGAGUUAUAUACUGGGACGGACCGCGAGUUCUCGGAUUUCUCGCCAUGUCGAGAGCCAUCGGCGAUAACUAUCUAAAGCCAUACGUCAGCUGCGAACCUGAAGUGGUGAUCAUUGAUCGGACGGCGGAGGACGACUGUUUGAUACUGGCGAGCGACGGGCUGUGGGACGUGGUGUCGAACAACACCGCCUGCGGCGUUGCGUUGAUGUGCCUGAGGGGGAAGGCACCGGCGAGGGCGGAAGCGAGUUGGCCGGAGAGUGAAGCCGGCGGGGAGAACUCCGACAAGGCGUGCUUGGACGCAUCCAUGUUGCUGACGAAGCUGGCAUUGGCGAGACAAAGCAGUGAUAACGUAAGCGUGGUGGUAAUCGAUCUGAGGAGGAGCACGUAGAAAUAUAUAAAUGCGAAGCCCUUCGCUUUUUGGCUAAUUCAUUUUGUUUAGUAGUAGUUGUUUGGUUGGUUUAUUUGAAGUGGGUGCUUAAUUUAGGGUUAGGUCUGACGGAAGGGCUUUACAAGAUGCAGUGGGAAACGGGGUGUUUGUGGGGUGGGAAAAUGAAAUAACUGACGGAAAAUGGAAACAGGUACCAGAAGAGAGUCGUGCUUUUGUUACUGGUUUUCUAAUUCCAAGUGAAAUUUCAUUUCAUUUCAGUGGAGCAGUAAAUAUUAAUUAUAUGCAUGUGUUCAUCCC